UUUGUGACGGAGUAAAGGAGUGGGGCAGUGUGAAGGAGACGCAAAUUAGUUAGCAGUUAUUUUAAACGCUGCACUUUUCUAUCCAGUUGACUUCUGCCGGGUUGUUUUCUUUUCCCUGACUCACUUCUCUCUUUCCGUCGAGCCCGCAGUGAUAAGUUUGUAGAAAAAGUACAUUUUUUUUAUUUUUAUCAUCACAUAAGGCUGAUUUUAUUUAUUGUUUUUCUCAAAGGAUGUUGACAGGAGACGCACAGGCAGCAGUCUCGGCUGGUUUUAUUGAGCUACUUUUGGACUGCUGAAGUUUCGUGUCACCUGAGAGAGAAGUCACUUCCUCAUUGAUGCGUUUUUAACCUCAACUGUCGGUUGUUUAUUUCGUGAAUGGGAGUUUUUUUGUCCGCUGUCGCUCAGAUGAAAAAGGACGUCGGGAAGUAGCCGAAUCACCUGUUUUAUUGUCUCGUUUUCUGCCUGCAAACAGGUACUGUAGGUGUGUGUGUGUUUACCAGCUCUAAUGAUAGCAGCCAGAAAACAUCUGUGAGAGGAUUUAACCGCCUCACCAUGACAGAGGUCCAGACUCCAUGGCCACAGGGCACAGAGUGUGUGGCCAGGUACAACUUCAAAGGCACAUCAGAACAGGACCUGCCUUUUAACAAAGGGGAUGUGUUGACUAUUAUUGUCGUCACAAAGGAUCCAAACUGGUACAAAGCAAAAAAUUCUGCAGGUCGCGAGGGAACAAUUCCAGCCAACUAUGUUCAGAAAAGGGAAGGUGUGAAAUCUGGAGGCAAGCUGAGUCUAAUGCCAUGGUUUCACGGGAAGAUAACGCGGGACCAAGCAGAGCGGUUGCUUUACCCUCCUGAAACGGGCCUGUUCUUGGUGCGAGAGAGCACAAACUUCCCCGGCGACUACACUCUGUGUGUGAGCUGUGAUGGCAAGGUGGAGCACUACCGCAUCAUCUACCACAACGGCCAGCUCACUAUUGAUAACGAGGGGUACUUUGAAAACCUCAUGCAACUGGUUGAGCACUACACCAAAGAUGCCGAUGGCCUGUGCACCAAACUUAUAAAGCCAAAGCUGGAGGAGGGGACAGUGGCUGCCCAGGAUGAGUUUUCCAGGAGUGGUUGGUCGAUGAGCAGAAAGGACCUCAAGUUGCAGCAGGUUAUUGGAAAAGGGGAGUUUGGUGAUGUUAUGGUUGGGGACUAUAGAGGGACUAAAGUAGCUGUGAAGUGCAUAAAAAAUGAUGCUACAGCACAGGCCUUUAUUGCAGAGGCUUCUGUCAUGACGCAACUACGGCACGAUAACCUGGUGCAGCUUCUUGGUGUGAUUGUAGAGGAGAAUGGGAGUCUGUUUAUAGUUACUGAGUACAUGGCCAAGGGGUGUUUGGUUGACUACUUACGUUCGAGAGGCCGGACAGUACUUGGUGGAGAAGCUCUCCUUAAUUUUACACUAGACGUAUGUGAAGCUAUGGCGUACCUGGAGGCCAAUAACUUUGUCCACCGAGACUUAGCAGCCCGCAACGUUCUUGUGUCAGAAGACAACAAGGCCAAAGUCAGUGACUUUGGUCUGACCAAGGAGGCCUCCUCUACUCAGGAUACCGCUAAACUGCCUGUAAAGUGGACAUCACCAGAGGCCCUGAGAGAAAAGAAAUUUUCCACCAAAUCAGACGUUUGGAGCUACGGUAUUUUGCUUUGGGAGAUUUACUCUUUUGGCCGAGUGCCUUACCCAAGAAUUCCAUUAAAAGACGUCGUGCCUCGAGUGGAGAAGGGAUACAAGAUGGAUUGUCCAGAUGGCUGUCCUGAAGUGGUGUAUAACAUCAUGAAACAGUGCUGGAACCUGGAUCCUGCUGCUCGACCAACCUUUCAGAUGUUGAUGGAGUGGCUACAACAUAUCAGCCAAGGGAUGGGAAAAAAACAAUGAGAGACCUGACAGAACAGACACAAAAAGUGACUCUUCUCUUCCUUCAUUUUGACCACUUGGACCGUAACAUGGGUUUGUUUCACACAUUAUCUGUCUAAGUUUAUGUUCCUGACCACCAUCCCUCACCUGUUCAAAAUGCAGUAACUCUUAAUUACUGGCUCAGUCACUCUAGUAAGUCUUUCUGUGCUCAGUUAUCAAGAGUGAAUUAUUAACUGUCAUAUCAGUGAGUCUUUCCUUAGAACACAGUGCUGCCUCAGAGCCACAGUGCCUUGACCAGUUUUUUUUUAAUGUAUUUUAUGUCCUGUAUGUUGAUAUACUUGGUCACAUUGAUGGCAUCAUUUCAUUUUUAUGAACAGUUAGACAGUUCAUUGUUUGACUACAGCGACUGAAUCCAUUGUAUCCGUUGAAAGAGGAAAGACAAUUCAAGUAGGAAUACAACUUCGAUAUGUCAUUACAUGCUGUAUUAUCUUUGACCAUGUCCAGGUACAUCAUUUUUGCAUGAAUGUUGAAUUAUUUUGUUAAAAGGACUAAGUUAAAAAAAUAACUAUAAUUAUGCAGCUUUAUUUUUUAAAUUGUUAUGUGAUUUUAAAUAUGUCAUGGCUACUUUUGGAUCCCUGUGUAAGUCAAAAAAGGAAGCACAAGGUUGGAUAAAUGUCACCUUUACUACUGAUGUAACAACAUCAUGCAGCUCAGUCAUGUAGGAAUCAUUCCCAUGUACAGAAUCUUCCAUCCGUCAUCAAUAAAUGUUUUAUUUUGGGAAUCUUUGGAUUUAACCAAAUUGUCGGGCUCUUGUAUGUAAUGAGAAAUUGAGAAUGUUAAUAAUUUUACUGUGCUGCCAUUUUGACCAAUAAAAAAACAAAAACA